GGUUUAUAUCCGUCUCUUCUUCUCGCUCACGCCGGCUGCGUUGAUUAGCAAGUUCUGGCCUCUUCCCUGCUUCUCAGCCAUGGGAACCGUCUCGCGAUUGAAUCAGUUUGCUGCAUGCCAGAAGACCUUCCCCAUCAUCGCGCCUCGAACCCCGCUGAUCUCCCCAUCUGCAAUUCUCCAUUUCUCCCCUGCCAAACCCACCUCCCCUCCUCUCCUCUUCAAAUCCAAAGGGUUCCGCAAGCCUGCUUUCCUGUGCCGAGCGGCGGGAGAAGGCGAACAGGAUGCCGCCUCUUCCUCCUCCAUGGUCGCCGAAACCGGCGAACCCGAGCAGCUCACGGAGAUUGAUAGCUUGAAGAACCGGCUGGUCGACUGUUUCUACGGUACGGAUCGUGGGUUGAGAGCCAGCAGCGAGACGAAAGCUGAGAUUGUGGAGCUCAUCACCCAGCUUGAAGCCAAGAAUCCGACUCCUGCACCUACCGAAGCCUUGACUCUUCUUCAGGGCAAGUGGAUUCUUGCGUACACGUCUUUUCCGGGGCUGUUCCCUCUGCUGUCGAGGGGAACUCCGCCACUAGUGACGGUGGAGGAGAUAUCUCAGACCAUAGAUUCGGAGAAUUUUACCGUCCAGAAUUCUGUGCGCUUUGCUAGCCCGUAUGCUACCACUUCCAUUAGCACCAACGCCAAUUUCGAAGUCAGAAGCCCUAAGAGAGUGCAGAUCAAGUUCGAAGAAGGCGUCAUUGGAACACCCCAGCUAACUGAUUCCAUAGUGAUUCCUGAGAGCGUGGAAUUUCUGGGACAGAAGAUCGAUCUGACACCUUUCAAAGGGCUGAUCACCUCGGUUCAGGACACGGCUUCUAGCGUGGCAAAGACGAUAUCCAGCCAGCCACCGUUGAAGUUUGACAUCUCAAACCGUAGUGCAGAGUCGUGGUUGCUCACCACGUACCUGGACCAAGACCUUCGAAUUUCGAGGGGAGAUGCUGGGAGCGUGUUCGUGCUGCUCAAGGAGGGCAGCCCCCUUCUCGCUCGCUGUUAAUUUCAACCCUCUGCAAGUAGAUAAGCAGCCGUAGCACGCUCGAUCUGGUGGCCUGUAAUGUAUGGUAUGCGCUUACUAUAUAGAUAUAUGUACAGUUGUGUUGUGUUGUGUUGUGUGUGUGAGUGAGUUGUUUGUUUCGUGCAGAGUCCGUCAUAGAUAUGGCUCCAUGUAUCUACUGUAUACUCAGUGUGCUCGGAAGAUGCUGUUAGUUAUGGGGAAUUCUUACACUUCCACCACGAUGCAUCCAAGAGUACUGUUGUAUUGUGUUGAACGUAAAUGAAUAAACAGAUUAGAAUAAGAGGGCUUGCUUUGGUGCUCUUCUUACAUAAUAACAAUCAGUUGAGUUGAUCAAAAGUCUGCAGAAUAAGAGUAGCAUUUAGAAGACGAGAACAUAUCAGUACAGACCUGAUAGAAAGCAUCCAGAAUCAUGACAUGAAGUUCUUGGGGGUUGACUGACAUGUAGUAGUCGAGAAGUGCACGGAGGUUGUUUGGAUUCUGAAGCUUGUUUGCAGUGAUCAUGGUAGCCACCGAAUCUACAAAGUCUUGUCUGGGAUCCUCACUGCACUUCUCGACGACCACCAUCGUAGUACCUUUGCCUGCAGUUGUUGUUGUUGUUACUGCAACAGCAUCGCAACCAGUUCUUCUACCACCUCUCCUUCUUGCAGCUGCUGUCACUUCUGUCAUCCUGCACCGGUAGCUUUGCUCUGUUGUGUCUCUGAUCAUCUGAUCCAGUUGGUGCUGAACCAUGGUGUGUUCCAAGGUGGAGAUCUGCUUGCGCCCGCUUUUAUGGAUGUCGAAAUGGAUGCUACCACUAUUAUGAUUCCAUGAACGCCGCCGCCUGCACGCUCUGCUGCUGCAGCAGUAGCACUCCCAAUCCUCGCUCUCAUAACCAUCUUUGGGAGAAAAGCUACUGAGCCUGCUGCAGCAAAACCUGCCCCUUCCUGCUGCUGAUCUCUUUUCUACCUCCUCCUUAUGGUACGGCCUCCUGUCCCUUGAUCCUUUCAUUCUGCACUGGCUUGGCUGCAAGCUGGUUGUCUCAAUUAUGGCCUGUAGCA